GUGGCCUGAAUUCGGUGCCUGCUUCAAUUCGUAUCUUUGUCGAUGAUCGUAAUGAUAACGGUCCCAAAAUUCGCAUUAGUCGAAGGGAGAUCGAAAUUUCCAAUGGAAAAUUUGUUCGACCAUUUGCAGUUAAAAUUGAGGACGCAGAUAUAGCGCCGUUCAACUUGAACGAUGUACUGACGGAUGGAAAUGCAUCAAGAUUCAUCUCGUUGGAAAGAAUACGUAAUGAUCUGUAUAUUGCACGUCUCUCAUCGCUUCCAAAUGCCGGCAUUUACGAACUUGAGGUGGUGGCUCGCGAUGUUGACGGUGUUAAUCCACCGAGCAUCGCUACUGUCACGGUCAACGUUUUGGAUACGAUGACAAAAGCGUAUUUCAAACGAUCCAGAUAUGAACGUACAAUAAACCACGAGAAAUUACACAAAGGGAAUCCACUGCUACAUCCAGAAUUUGACGGUGCUCGGAUCGGGGAUGUCCGCUUCAUAAUACUUCGUGAUGAUCCGGGGUGGCUUUUGAUGGAUGAGUAUUCCGGGAAUGUUUUUGUUGGUGAUGUUCCGAAAGACGGAGUUUCGAGUGGUAAAUACGAUAUAUCGAUAGCUGCAGUGAAUCGUACCAGUGGACAGGUCCUUUCAGAAACCAUAUUCUCGUUGACUGUUGUAAAUGGUGGAAAGGUGACAACAGUAUUCAAACAAAAACUUUUGAGUAAAGUGUUCAGGAAAGAUCCAUCCGUGGCUCAUUUUUCACUUCAAGUCUUGUCAAGAGACGAUAAAUCGGCGAUUAAAAUAAUCCGUGAAAGUAUUUCUGCAGUUGACGAAAAACUUCACAAAGUUUCAGUUGAUAGGAGUGCGAUCUCAUUGGUGAAUGGCAAUGUACUAUUCCAAAUGAAUAAACUUCAAAAUAUCAGAUCAAUCCAAUUCCAAUUGGUAACAGACGAAAAUGCUGACGAUAAGGGUACGACAUCGUAUCUUGAUCAUAUUUCACUGGUUAUGGUCUAUCUGAGUUCGGAUCCUGAGCAAGUUGCUGCGCGUAACCGUGAGCUGUCUCGACCAAAAUUCAUAAACCCUUGGAAAACUGAUCUCAAUAUCAUACCAAUAAAAUUGGCUGAAGAGACACCUGAAGGAUACAUUGUUCUAUCGUUGCCAGCUUAUAAUCCUUUGAAUGGUGAACGUUACAAAGAUCUUCGUUUAUCCGGGGAUAUGUCUCAAUAUUUCACGGUUGAUCCAGAAACGGGUGAGUGCUGCAUAUUGUGCUUGUGUCUUCAUAAAAGCUUGCUUCCUGCAUCCGAAUAUGAUGAUUAA